AUGUCCAACGAAAACGCGGAUUCCGUCAAAGAUUUCUUCCAAUCGUUGGUGAGUUACGCUCCAUUUUAUGAUAAUGAAAUUUAUUUCAAAAUAAAGUACACGAUUUUAGGAUAAGGCCACCCACUCUCCCAGUCCCGCCCCUCAAGUCGAACAGCCCAGUCCAUCGGUCGGUUCGACCAGUCCACACGAGGAAAACGACCAGCACAAUUCGACCGACGACUCGACCAAUACCAACAAUAGUGUGGAGAACAUUUUCCAGAAGAUUGGCGCCAUUCCUCCGAGACUGCAUCCAGGUAGUUGAAUAUAACUUUUCUUGAAUUUAAUUGCAUUUAUUUGGUUUUAGAACUCGGGAUGCACAACGCUUUCCCCUUUGGAAAUAUGAACGCCUUCUUGGAAGUGAUCAAACAGAACUCUGGAUCCGGGGACUCCAUGAAUUUUGACUUUGGUCCCUUGAUGAAUCAGGCCUCUUCAUCGUUGGAUAUCGAUCGAAAUUCUUCCAAUCCCAGUGCAAAUGAACCCGAAGACCUUAGUUUGUAAGUAAAUAAAAUAAUAUUCCAAUAUAACUGUUUUUAUUGGGGAAAUCCGAUUUCACAAAUCAGAGUUUUCAGAGAGCGGGGAAAACAAGAAAAUGAUGACAAUCACCUGAGUAAUGCCAGCAACUGGACCUUCGAAGAGCAGUUCAAACAGGUAGGCCACUUCCACAGCAUACAGUAACCUUCUAUAAAGACUCCAAAGACCAUCUAAUCGCCCUUUCCCUCCCUUUCGAGCCCCCACUUCCCCUGUAUACAGUAACCCAUUUGGCUCUCAUUAAAGGCCACGAAUAAUAUUGUCAUGGGCAACGGACAAAUUAGGUGCCCAAAUAUCUUUUAGAGAAUAUUUUAUUAAAUUUGGGCGCUCUGGAAAAGUUUUUUCUUUGAAUGGCCGCUUCUUGGGCCGCUUCUUGGGUCGUUUAGGGACCGUAACUUUGGCCCAAAAAAUAUGGGCAAAAUCCUCAGCUAAAUAAAAACAAAGAAUUCGUUUUGCACGGAUUCUGAUGUAAUUUUGCGGUACCAAAAUAAUAGUUAAAAUUACAGUAAACGAAUUUAUUGAAAUUAUUUUAGCUCUACGAACUGUCCGAUGACAAGAAACGCAAGGAAUGGCUGGACGAUUGGUUUAUGUUCAUGCACAAAAAAGGGAAAUCCGUGACUCGGAUCCCGAUCAUGGCCAAACAAGUGCUCGAUCUUUACGAACUCUAUCGCCUGGUUGUCCAACAUGGUGGUCUUGUUGAAAUUAUUAACAAAAAGUUGUGGAGAGAAAUCACCAAGGGUCUCAACCUUCCCAGCUCGAUCACUUCGGCCGCUUUUACCCUGAGGACGCAGUACCAGAAGUACCUGUACGACUACGAGUGUGAGAAGGAGGGACUAAGUUCUCCAUCUGAUCUCCAUGCAGCUAUCGAAGGGAACAAAAGGGAAGGAAGACGAAAUAAUGGAGGGUCCAGCAAUGGAAACGGCUCUUUCCGAGGGACCUCCGGUCCUCCGGGCUUCCCCUAUCCACUGGUACCUCAUUCAGCGGCUGCUGCAGCGAUGUCAAGCCUCUUUUCGAAACAUCUCAACUCAUUGAUGGGACAAGGUAAAACUUUAACCUUUUGGACGCAAGAGAAGUCAUGAAAGACGUAAAUAAUUGAGCAAUAAUUACAGACGACCACUCAUCGCACAACACCCAGAUGAUGAAUGCAGUCAACAAUGCCUACGGGCUUGAUACAAACAACCGCCAAAUGGACAUUUUACAGCGGUUUGCCGAGGCUAUGCAGAGCAAAAACCCUGCGGCAAAUGGACUUUCUGGUCGCGAUUCUACGUGCUCGGGAGAUUCGGAGCCCGUCGGUAAGUAGAAUCACAAACAAUAUUAUAGUGGCCAUCAACUGAAUGAUGAUUUGUAUAAUUUAGCCAAGAAAUUGAAGACCUCGUCCCCUCUCCGUCUAAAAUCAGAAUCCCCAGGCCCCAAGAAUUCGCUGGAUCAGAUCCUGAAGAACUCCCACUCCACCGCGCUCAAGGUCUCCAGCAGUACCAUGCCGAAUGGGGAGAAGUCGAUGGUGGUUUCCAUGGAGAUCAACGGGACCACCUAUCAGGGCGUCCUCUUCCCGGCCUCCAGCUCCGAUUCCCAUCCCAAUGGAGAUGCGUUGACGGAAUUGUUUGGACACAAGACGAAUGGAAAGGAGUGGAAUGACAGCUGA